UGUGGAGAUGGCCGCGCUGGCUUCGCUCCCCCCACUGCCCCCCCAGUUUAAGAGCAUACAGCAUCAUCUGAGGACGGCGCAGGAGCAUGACAAGAGGGACCCUGUCGUAGCCUAUUACUGUCGUUUAUAUGCAAUGCAGACUGGAAUGAAGAUUGAUAGUAAAACACCAGAAUGUCGUAAAUUUUUAUCAAAACUAAUGGAUCAAUUAGAAGCUCUUAAGAAGCAGUUGGGUGAUAAUGAAGCUAUCACUCAAGAAAUAGUUGGUUGUGCCCAUUUGGAAAAUUAUGCCUUGAAAAUGUUUUUGUAUGCAGACAAUGAAGAUCGUGCUGGGCGGUUUCACAAAAACAUGAUCAAGUCCUUCUAUACUGCAAGCCUUUUAAUAGAUGCCAUCACAGUGUUUGGGGAGCUCACGGAUGAAAAUGUGAAGCACAGAAAGUAUGCUCGAUGGAAGGCAACAUACAUACAUAACUGUUUAAAGAAUGGUGAGACCCCUCAAGCAGGACCUGUUGGGAUUGAUGACGAUAAUGUAGAUGAUGAAGAAAAUGAAGAUGCUGGAGCCACGUCUCUGCCCACGCCACCACCUCAGUCCUCAUCUUCAACUUAUGACCCAAGCAACAUGCCAUCAAGCAGCUAUACCGGGAUACAGAUUCCACCUGGUGCACACGCUCCAGCCAAUACGCCAGCAGAGGUGCCGCACAGCACAGGUGUAACAAGUAAUACUAUCCAACCCACUCCACAGACUCUCCCAACGAUUGACCCUGCACUCUUCAGUACAGUCCCCCAGGGGGACGUUCGUCUGACACCAGAGGACUUUGCUAGAGCCCAGAAGUACUGCAAAUAUGCCGGCAGCGCUUUGCAAUAUGAAGAUGUCAGCACUGCUGUGCAGAAUCUGCAGAAGGCUCUCAAGUUACUGACAACAGGCAGAGAAUGAAGAAAGGAGGCUUUGUACAGCACGACCAUGGAUUGGGGGCCUAAAGAACUAACAAUCCGUCGCUCUCUCCGCAGCCUCUCCGGAGCACAGUUGUAAGGAAGAUUUCCGUUCCAUGGACCCUGGCAUUGAACUCUGUGUCUGUGCCAGAUUCUUUUUGAAGCCUUCAUCAGCAGCCUCACCCAGUUUUCCUUAACCAUUUAGUGGAUCCAGUAUUCUCGGGUACAGAGGGCUGACGUUAACAAGACCCUAAAAAUACCCGCAGACCCUACUUGAAAAAGUGAAAGCACAUCUGUAAAUGUAUGGGUUUUACAUCUUAAUUUACACCAAAUACGGGAAUUUGUUUCAUUUUGUUUUUCAUCUGUAGCGUUUGAACCUACAGUCCAUUCUUGCUUUGCUGUAAAAUUCUAAAUGUAACUUUUAACAAAUAAUUGUGAGAAAAACUCUAGCAAUCAUGUUUUUGUUUUUCUCAGGACACCUAAAAUAGAUGUGUCCUAAACUGUUAACUGAAUCUGUAUGAAAUUAUGUUCAAAACUCAAAUUUACAUUCAUGUUAAAAAAGACAGCACUGAAGGUUAAAAAAUUCACAAAGGGAACAAAAGAAGUAAAGAGGUAGAAUUACCAUUUUAGGCUUCAGCAUAAUGCUGGUUUUCCAACUGCUGGGCCAUACAUUGAAGCUUAGGGUGAAUUGGCAUAUGCUUCGUAGGCAUGCAUUAGAGAAUGAAAGAGAGACAUUUGUAAGAAUGCUUGGAAACUGGUGCUGUGAGUUAAGGUUCUCCUCUGCUGCUAAUGGAUUCCUUAGAGUGUGUAGCUAAGAAUGAUGCAGAAGAUUACAAGAAUUUAGAUCCUUAGUUGUUAACUUUCUAAGUUUUGUGGGGAAUUAUGGAUUUACUUUGUCACCUGCAUUUGUGCUGUAUAAAAAAAUAAACACAACCAUUCUUUUAACUA